AUGAGACAAUCGGCCAUCAUCCUCGCUGCCAUCGCCACCGUAUCCCUGGCCGUUGCCGUUGAGAAGAGGCAAUCCGAAGAUGCCUGGGAUCCUACAACCCGAGACUGGUCGGAAAAGUGCCACCGGCUCGCACGCUACUCAAAGGAACAAUACUGCAUGGUUUUCGAAGAAUGCUGCCAGAAUGAUAGGGACAAUGGAGAUAAAUGCCAGCUUCUGGACAGGAACUGCGUUUAUGAUAGCGACAAGAACGAGGUUGUCGAAAAGCGAUGCUUCCUCUCCAACUGUACGGCUAUGAUCACCACCACAAUGCCGCCAACUACUGUAUCCGCUGUUAAGGCAGCGCCUAACGGCCAAAUCUACUCAUUCCUCGGCUGGGCGGCAUGUAACCCUCAAACAACCCUGAUUACGCAUCAUCCCAUCCCCUUCUGGCCCAGCUUCUCGCCUUUCCUACGGUUGGCCAUCCAUCACCCAAUCCAUAUAUUACCCACCCAACAAGUCCCGCGUGGCCCCUUGAAACCUACGCAUACCAAGGUUUCGCCGUUCCCGGAAGCUAGGACAACUCCCGAAACAUCGGAUUCAGCAAGAACAAGGUCCAAAAACGACUACUGCAGGCUCUGCAAGGAGUCGCUGAAGACAGCCGGGCGGAGGAGCCAAGGCCCACGUCGCCACAUUGUCAAGCGUCACCUGAGGACGUUGCUUUACCGAUGUCCGCUAUGCCCGCAUGGUUCUGUCUACGAUAAGCAUCACGUCAUUUCGCAUAUUGAACGCAAGCACCCCGGUUCCAAUGCUGAGAAAAUGGCCCUUCUCCCGCAUCACUACGGUGGAUACCACCCGCGCUACCAUGACUCCAUGGACCCGUUCGAUCGCUUUGAGCGAAUGGUUAUGACCCCUUACUGGUCGGCUGUUCCGCACAACCGCCACCUCGACAUCGGCAAUGCCGUUGGAAAUGUCCGCAAUGACAAGGAGAAAUUCGCCGUCGACAUCGACGUGACCCACUUCCGCCCGGAAGAAGUGAAGGUCAACAUCGAAGGAAACCGGCUGAUGGUUGAGGGACAUCAUGAAGAGCGCAGCGAUAACCACGGCUCGAUUCAGCGCUCGUUCAAGCGCGCUUACAUGCUGCCGGAAGACUGCGAGGUGGACCAUGUGGCUUCGUACCUUUCCAACGAUGGAAAGCUGACUAUUGAGGCUCCGAAGAAGGGAGCUAUUGGGAGCAACUCGCGCCCUAUCCCAAUCCAGCCCCGUGGCCCCUACCAAGUCAAGAAC